CACAACAAGAUAAAUCUUGACACAACAUUCAGCGAUGGACCACGCAAGCUCCGGGCCCAUCCUGACAUCUGAAAACUUUCAUCACACACAUGAACCGCCUCGAGCCACCUCUACAGGAGGUGAAUCGGCGGUCAUGAACGGAGACAGUGAACCCAAGGCGCGCGUGCGCCCACGCACAUACCCUUACUUCAAAUAUUUACCAUACACGCUCGAGGAUGAGCCCGAGCGAGACAAGAACUUCUGCGAGAUACUACGACAACUUUACAUCGCAGUGGAAGCUGGAGACUUCAGUCCCGGCGCGGUGCACUGGACUAGAGAGCUGAGAGGGUGGCUAUCACUGAAAUUCGAUCCGACUCGGACGCAACGUGUCAACCUCGUCAAACUGUACUAUGAGCUCUCACUCGCCCCCGGCAUCGACCCCAAUGUUGCGGAACGAUUCGCGAGCAUGUUCAUGCUGCUCACCAAGCGUAAGCAUUAUCUCAGGCCCGUCAAGGACUUGACGUUGGAUUGGAAACCUCUGUAUAGAGAGCUGAAAUCGUUUGUUUUGCCGACCGAGUCGGGCUUGGUGCAUUCCUCGAAUCUCAAACGGAACAUCAAGACCCUAACCAAGCUCUGUGCUUUCGUUCAACUGUACAUCGAUCCAUGUGAGCUGCCAGCGAUGCUCGAAGAGUUUCUUCCGCACUAUACCACGUCUUUUUCAGAAGGUGCUUUCGUUGUCGUCGGCUUAAUCAACCUGAUGCUGCCUACGUCCCCCCCACCCGAGUCAAGAGAGGAUUUGCUACCGCAGCACUACAUGCCGACUUACUUCCAUCUCUGGUCGUUAGUCAGUCGAUCGAAGACAUUCGAUAUCACUUUCUUGGAUUACCUGUCUCGGCUUGCCCGAGAUACCCUGCCUGCCAGUCAUGUACCGUUUUCGGAGUAUGGUAUCUUCACUUCAGAACAGUCCUCGCUCAUUUUCACCGCUAUUUUGCGAUUGCUAGAAAUCCCUGUCGGGCAGUCCACCUCCCCCUACAGCGCUCUGGUCGAUAUUUCGUCCGGGUUGGGCAUCAUGCUUGAUCGGGACACACGGAAACAUCCGGUCGCACACCACAUUGCCCGGUGGAUUGUGAUGUCGCUGUCGCCGGCAUGUCUUGACGCACCGGAGUCGAUCCUCACUCAGCUUGAAGGACUGAUUCAGGCAGUAGAGACUUUCUUCCAUCCAUCGAACUCGGGCGGUUGGACGAAGACUCUGUCGCAGUUGGUUUAUUACUUGGCAGAUUUCUUCGUAAUGCGGUGGAACCGCGAGCAAAGUGGGGAGAUGGAAGUUCCAGCAGAGCGCAGAUUGACCGAGCCCCUCAAACGCCGCUUCGUGCUGUGCCUGCGCGACGUGAUUUUCAUGGGAAUCUACGCCAAGAGUGGCACGGCCAUGAGCUUUUCGUUGUCGACCCUGCAGAAUCUGGCCUUCCUGGAACCACACCUCAUCCUUCCCGGAGCUCUGCAGCGCAUAUACCCGUCAUUGCAAGGACUCGUCGAAGUUCAUCGAACCACCUCUUCUCUUCGUGCUCUUCAAGUGCUGUCACGGAUUAUCUCCCGGACCAAGGGAUACCGCUGUCACAUGACAACUCUUUUAGGGCUUGCGUUACCAGGCAUCGACGCCAAUGACCUGGAGAAGUCCCUACAUUCCUUGUCAUUCAUCCAGGCCGCUUGCUACAAUAUUCCCAUGGCCGACCUGACAAAGGGGAGGGAGGAUGUAAACUGUAACAUGCUCGCAAUGCAAUGGAUCACCGGCGAGAUGGAGCGCAUGGAAGAAGAGGGCGUGGAUAUCCAGCUGAACUAUGAUACUGAGCUUGACGAUGAGACCGAAGAGAUGAUUCUUCGCUCCUCGACGUGCGGCUUUGGAGACUUCAUUGUGUCAUUCUUAGGUCGUGUCUUUACGCUACUUGAGAACCUGCCAGACGUCAGUAGAGUGCGGAACGGAUCUCCUGAAGAGAACAUUGUGAACACCCUGCCGGCUACUUUCAUGCCACUGCUGUCAUCGCUUUCCCCCGAGUACUAUGAUAUCGCUUUGUCAAAGGUUGUCGAUUUCGUCUCCAACCACGUGAUUCAUCAGGCUCGAGACGCAAUGGCCUUCAUCUGUAACUCAGUCUGCAAGGUGAACCCCUCAAAGGCCUUGAAACGCUUUAUUCCAGUCUUGACCCAGGCUAUUCGCACUGAGAUUGACGACAAUGGCGCGGGUUCCACGAGAACGACAGGAACGGAUGUCCUACCCCGAGACCGUGGUCUAGUGUGGAACGUCAGCAUGCUGAGCAUGUGCGUGGUUCAUGUCGGAGAUGCCGUCUUGGCUCACAAGCAAGAGCUCUUCGAUAUAGCCGUCUAUAUGCAGCAGAAAUGUCGGGGCAUCCCUACAGUACAUAUCUCCAACUUCAUACACCACCUGCUUCUCAACCUCACGGGUACAUAUACAUCGGAUUACUCGUUGUACGAGCCCGAGGUUGUCGCCGAAGGCAUCCAGCCCGAACACUGGAGCUAUCAACAAGAUCCUUGUAAAUUGAGUGUAAAAUGGCACGUGCCGAAACGCGAGGAACUUGAAUUCGCCGUGGAACUCUUCCAGAACCAGGCAGAGUCUGCCUUAAAGCAGCUAAAAGCACUGACGAAUGAAACAUCCAGUGUGAAACGCGAUGGAAGCGGUAAAGACUGGUCGGACGAGGUGACCCGGAAUUUGGUCCUGCUACGUCUUAUCCUUUCUGGUAUCUCUGUGCUGUUCGACCCCAACGCUGCAUCGACAACCAGCUCCAGUGGGCUUGUCGACGGUUCGACUGAUGUGCAGAUGGUGGACUCAAAAGAUGCCCCGCGCGAUGAUGAGGAUCCCGAUGCAGCACUCGAUAGCUCCGACGAUUCCGCCGUCAGAGAUACUUUCACCUACCCUACUGGCUACCCUUUGGCUGAGAACGAUAAGCUAUAUACAUCCAUCCACGACAUUAGGGAACGGGCAGGAUGGGUCUUGCACGAUGUGCACAGAUUCCUGUCUGACAAGCAGGAGGACGAUGUGCCCUGCUUUGCAGCUCUCUAUUCAGCAUAUCGCUCUUGGUUUGUUGAUGUCGGGAUCGAGCGUUCCGCCCACGUUCUGGACAGAGUCACUCGACUCCUUGCAGCGGAUAUUCAUCCUUACAAGAUGAGUGGUCUUCGGAAAGAGUAUCCUCGUCCACUACUCGUGCGCAGAGCGAAUGUCUAUCACUUGCAACGACUUCGGCAUAACGCAGCUCCUCGCCGUCGCUCCAAACUUGAUGAGGUUUUGCUUCUUGAUAUUGCCGAGUCCUGCGUCUCUCUUUAUACCGAAACUCGCCGCAACGCUCAGAGCGCUGGAGAGUCGGCUCUCAAGGCUGUCUGGGGUUCUCGUCUGCUGGUCAUCCCUCCUCUGUUGAAAGCUCUUCAGAAGGGUAUCAGGGAAAACGAUCAUGCUCGAAUCAAAGGUGCCCUGUUCUCUUUGUUGUUAGGGAGUGUUGCCAAGACAGUUGGGCGCCACUGGAAGUACGCCCCUGUCCUCAUUCGUACCUUCAUUGACGCUAGCGCUGUCGACAAACCAUCUGUGCAAAGAAUCUGCUCGAGUGCCGUCUAUCAGAUUAUGGAAUACGGGCGCGCCAUGGAAAGGAUGGCAGUCCUCGAUCGAGACAUCAUCGAAGCGAUUGCUCCACGUCAAGACGUCCAGGAUGAGAUCUCGAACAAGCGUGAUGCCAUCAACAAGAAACGUGUUCUCAUUGAAAAGAAAAAGGCAGACUUGGCGGAGGACUUGGUGAAUCUUGCAAGGGUAUCCCACUGGAAAGUGGCCAGUCGAGCAGCCACGAUCGUGAUCACUAUGGGCCUCAGAUUCGACUACAUCGCAAGCGAGAAUCUAGUUGAACUCGUGACCCACGGCUCAAUCGAUGACCACCCUGGACUGCGAGGCAUGUACUCGCAAGCACUUAUCGCACUAUUCACAAUGAUAGAUGUCCGAGCGAUUUGUAGUCACGAUUACAAGAACUACAUUUUGGGUCACCAGCAUUUCCCCUCCAAACUCAAGGUAGCGACCAAGCGUUACGACGAAGGCUGGACAAAGGAAUACUUGGCUAGCUUCGCUCAUCCAGAGGCGGAGUACUACGUCGAUCACGAUUUCCCUGGCUGGCUUGUCUGGUCAGACAGCAUGCCGGCUUACAAGUCGAACGUAAAACGCGAUAUCGAAUACGAUGAGGUGGAAUGGAAAGUUCGAGCGCACAUGGGCAAACUGUUUGACAGGGCAUGGUUUUCCAAGUUCUUCAUGUACUUGAAGCAGGAACCACGGGACCCUUCGGCCGAUAAAUUCCGCAUGCCCUGCGCAAUGAUGCUUCUCUACGCCUUUGAAUUGAUGCUUCGUGAUGAGCUUACAGCAGCUACGUUCAAGGACAUCCAAGAAGAAAUUGAAACUGUCUUUGAAGACGGGAGUGACAAACACCAACAUCGCGCCACUGCAGAAAUUCUUGGGGCUCUGGUGAGCUCCGUGGCCGACACCAGCGUGGAGAAGCGGACAAUGGUCUGGGAAUAUGCCUUCCCGAUUGUCCAGAAGAUCUUCACUGAUGGGUUGACACCCGAGAACUCCGGUUACUGGACGACAUUCUUGCAUAUGAUCCUCCAAUGCCGGGACCCACGCAGAGCUUGGCCUUUGGUCGACUGGCUUGCGAGUUUCCGGUUAGAUAUGGGCACCAACGCAGCGUUCAAGGAAAGUUCGAAAAUCAAUCUCCUGCAUCAAUCCAUCAUCGAUGCAGGCUGGCAUUUCCAGAUGGAGAAGCCAAUUGUCGAGGAUUUCCUUGGGCAUCUCGAUCACCCGUACAAGGGGGUUCGUGAAGCCAUGGGACAAACCCUAGCAACUAUCUUCCGUACCAGGUAUCAUGAGUCUUAUGCUGAUUUGAAGCGUCUCCUGGAGGCACAGAAGUCAGCAUCUUCUGUCGGGACCUAUCCUUAUCGCCCUACUGAAGACUUCAACAAGAUGAUUCAUGAAGUCUUCAACCGCAUCGAAACAUGGCGGCAAGCCCGCACACCCGGUCAACAAACGCCUUCUUCGUACACCUCCGGAUGCAAGACAGUUCUGCUAUGGCUGGAUUCCACCCUUUCGUCCCAUGAAUGUACGCAGUUGGUGUCGUUCUUCCCUGAUUUGUUCACGGGACAGCUUCUGCAUAUGAUGGAUGUCAAGGAAGACCCCGAGCUCCAGUCUCUGGCUUACCACGUCUUCCGUCAUCUGCCAAACAUUCCAUAUCCUGCCGAGCACAAUUCCGAGUUCAUCAAGACACUCAUUCACAUCGGGCAAACCUCUCCGUCUUGGCACCAACGCCUGCGUGUCAUGAUCAAUAUUCAGAUUAUCUACUUCCGUCGUCUGUUCUUGCUGUCUGCGGGUGAUCGUGAUAAGCUCUUUGAGUGCGUGGCUAGCAUGCUGGAAGACCCACAGCAUGAGGUAAGGGUGGGUGCGUCUGCCACUUUGUCUGGCAUGAUUCGCUGUUCUCCUAUUUCACUUCGUGAAGAGAUGGUCGCUCGACUGAAGAAGCGAUUCACGAAGGUCCUGGUGGACAAUCCUCUUCCGAAAAAACCCAAAGUGCUUCGCUCGGGCAUCUCCACGCCAGUCUCCUCCGGAGUUGGUACUCCAACCCCGGAACACACUCGGCUCAUCAUUUCCAGACACGGUGCAGUUCUAGGUCUUGGGGCGCUCAUUCAAGCGUUCCCCUACAACAGUCCACCUCCGAGAUGGAUGCCAGAUGCUCUGACCACGCUAAGCGUCCGAGCUGCAAGUGACCCUGGCAUCGUCGGAUCCAGUGUCAAAUCGAUCAUUAGCGAAUUCAAGAAGACUAGACAGGAUACAUGGCACAUCGAUGCCAAGGCUUUCACACCGGACCAACUAGAGGACCUCUCUGGGGUGCUUUGGAAGAGUUACUUUGCAUGAUUCCUCUGUCUUACACGGAGUGAACGAACGAAUGUAUGACAAAUUGGUAGUUUUAUUCAACUGCGUCAACUUUAGGGUCUGUUUAGGGGACCUAAUAGUAGAUAUUAAACUCUAU